AUGGAGACUCAGAGCUUUGAUAUUGCCAAUGCUUAUUUUUUUCCAAAAGAUGGAAGAGGCGGCGGCGGCGGCAACGGCGGCAACGGCGACUACCGCGACCGCGGCUGCUGUGCGCACAAAAGUGGCCGAAAGAGACGCUCUGUAUCGGAGACCCGUUACGGUCGGAGACCUGAACUAAGCGAAAACCCACCGAUGGAGGUGGAACUUGUGCUGAAGAAAUCCGACCGCGACGCCGACCGGGCGCUGCUGCAGUUGGACGCGGGUACGAUGAGGCGCGGGUCCGACGCGGGGGGCGGGGCGGCGGCUGCGAGCGCGAGCGGGUCCCAACGGCUGGAUUUGGAACGUGGCGGCGGAGGCGUCGCGAGCUCCGGGUGUGACGGCGCCCGGCGGCGACCCGAGCCGCAGCCGUCGGCGGAGGGCGCGCCACCGCCGCCCCCGCCACCGCCUCGCAAGCGGCCGCGCUCCCCCCAGCGAGUCAAACGCAUGGACGUGCCGCUGCUCACGUACAGCGUCGGCGGCGCUCCGCGCGCCGCCCGCACGUGUCGCACUCCCCCGCGGGGCGCGGAGUCCGCCGACCCGACCCCCGCCGGUCAGACGCCGAGCUCGGACGCCGCGAGUGACGACCGUCGGGCCAAAAGGAAGGACGGGGAGGCCGAGGACGUGCCGGCGCGGCGCUCCGGAGCACUUCCCAGUACCCCCCGGGAGGUUCGUUGCCCGGUGAAAUGCGAACCGCAGGUACUCUCCCACACCUUGAACGAACGUCUUUGCACUAAACCUGCGAUGAGCAACAGCGGGCGGGCGAAAGUCAACGUCCCGAAGCUGGUGCUGGACUACAUAACGCCCAGCAUGAACCAGUACGGCCUGUGCUUCGUGGAUGGCUUCCUGGGACCGAAGACCGGCGACAGGAUUCUGCAGGAAGUUGUAGCUCUCCAUCGCAGCGGCAGUUUCGAGGACGGUGAGCUGGCCAGCCAGAGGAUCGGGACCGAUCAACCGCACACCGCCCCAGCAGGCCCUUGCAAGAAAACUAUUCGCGGAGAUAAAAUUAUGUGGGUCCAGGGCAACGAGCCUGGGUGUGCGUCCAUAGGACAGCUCUUGCAAAGAAUGGAUAAGCUUAUAAUGCACGCCGAUGGCAAUCUCGGGCACUACACGAUCAGAGGAAGACACAAGGCAUGUCGACAAGAUUGUGGGAUCGCACAACUUUGAAUGCUACUACUGCUCUCUCUUUACAAUGUAAAAUUACAGAUCUAGAAAAGCAGAAAUCUGCACUGAAAGUACAGGAGAUCUAGAAUUUUUUUUACUGAACUAACUAGUUCAAAAUAAGACCUAGAAUAUUAGCAUUUGAAUCAAAUUGUUACAAUACUAUAUAAUAAAAUAUAAUACAUUGAACUCUACAGUCGUAUAAGGAAACCUAGAAUGUAUUUACACAAGACGAUGGAUACUCACUCGCACAAUACUCCGGGACACCUGUCUUUGCCAGGCUCCACUGGCGACCAAUUACCGACUGGAUCAAUUUC